AUGGGCACCCUGACUGAAAGGCUGGAGGUUGUAUUCAAGUGGUUGGGAUUUGAGGUCCUGGUUGAACAGGACUGCAAUCGCCAUCAGAUCCUGCAGGUGCUGAGGAACCUGGCUGCUCGUGACCACACGCCGGCGGAUUGCGCGGUGUGCUGUGUGUUGAGCCAUGGACGAGUAGAAGGCAUCUGCGGGGUUGAUGGAGAGAUCGUAACCUUUAGGGAGCUGAUAGAGACCCUGAGUCCAAAUGAGUGUCCCUCUCUCUGCAAGAAACCCAAACUGUUCUUCAUCCAGGCCUGCAGGGGUAACAACAAUCAGCCAGCAGCAUUUCCUCAAACUUGCUCAGAAGACGAGGACAUGCUAUUCAGCGAUGCAGCUGUACCCAGAGACUCCAUACCAGAGAUGGCAGACUACCUGUUAGCCAUGUCCACUGUACCACACUACGUCUCAUACAGGGAAAAAAGCAGGGGAACCUGGUUUAUACAGUCGCUCUGCCACAGCCUGCAGCUGCUGGUGCCAAGGGGUAUAGACCUACUCUCCAUUCUGACGCAGGUGAACAGCGAUGUGAGCAAAAAGACGGACAAAAGCGGUUUGAGGAAGCAGAUGCCACAGCCAGAGUUCACCCUCACCAAGAGAGUGGUUUUCCCUCCACCCAAAACUCACCGACCCCUUCCAUAAUGUCCUGCUGCAGUCCAUGACCUCUCAGACAGCAUACACAGCACAUACACAAACACACAGAUGUUCAUCAAUGUUUACACGUUGAGCAGGGGUGAUGAUUAUCUUCUUUAAUUUAAACAAGGGUAAGGUCCUGAAAAUACGGUUCACAUACAGUAAUUUUGACUUACCUAACAAAAAAAUUUAUAUUUUAGAUAUUUAAUGUAAUAAACAAAUAUGGAGUUGUUUUUAAAUUAUAAUGUCAAUAACAUCAUGAAGUGUUAAAAGAACAUUUAAUUUCCAAAUUCACCCCAAAACAGUGCUGUUUAUGUUUCUGCUGGG